AUGAUAUUCACUGAUAAUCUGGAAGAUAACAAUCGUUUUGAAGACAUCAUUCGUCCCGAAAAUAGUCAUGUACGAUUAACCUGUGAUUUAACCGAUGUUGCUUGGUGGAAACGACCAGAUCUUCUCGCCACAAGAUAUGGUAUUAUCUUAUCGAAAUAUCGUCUCAAAAUGGCUCUGGAAAAACUAGAUGAUGGUACGAAAUCAAGCGGAAUACAACUGCAAAUGUUACAUAUCCGUCAACUUCAAUCCAACGAUUCAGGGAUUUACGAAUGUGAAACUUUAGGCGCUAUUCGACAAUACAAUUUGACUGUCACAGUUCGCCUUACUACCGUCGAACUUGCUGCUCAACUGCUAACAACACACGAUUCUGCAAUCAGUUCUGUAUCAAAUCAAACCGAUAAAGAUCUUUCGCAUCAAUCAUCAUCAUCUAACCAUUUCCUUUUUUAUUCAUUAUUAUCAAAUAAUGGACACAUACGUUUACGUGAAAAUCAAUUAAUACGUCUUACAUGUGUUGUAUCUCGUGCCUUACCAGCAGCAAUAAUUCAUUUUCCAUUCGAUAUUGACUAUCGUGUCGAGAAAAAUACCACUUUAGAAAACGACGAUCAAACUUAUCGAACAAUAGUGAUCAUAAUUCUUCGACUUAAUCGCUUUUUCCAUAAACGUACAUUUCAUUGUGAAGCCGUUCAAUCACAACUUAUCGGUGAUGAAAACAAACAAGAUCAACAACAACAAGGAGAAGAACAGCAGCCGCAACACCAAGUGCUUUCCAACACAUUUCAAACAGAUGUAGUUUAUACAUCUCCAAAUGGUCCAACAUGUGCACAUAAAGUUCAUCCUUCACAUCAAUUUUUCACUGGAAUUCAUCGACCUAUAAACUUAACUUGUUUUAUGAAUGAUGCCAACCCGUCGAAAUUAAAUUUCACUUGGAUCUUACCGAAUGGCGAAACACAUCUAGGACACCUUUUAAAUCAAACUGCUAGCUAUAUAACAGUCUUACCGAAUCAUAUCGAAGAUUUUGGACAAGCGACUUGUCGAGCACAAAACGAACUAGAUCUAUUUGCUGAGUGUCAUAUUAAUAUGAUUAUGGGAGGUAUACCUGAUCCAAUUAAAUCCUGUGGUUAUACAUAUGUGAAUGCGACGUUAACAGUUAAUUGCGCUGCAGGUUUUCAUCAAGGCGAUGAAGAUUUUUUCUGUUAUAUGUAUAAAAAACAAGACAAUGGUUCCUUCUCUGAACAUGCACGAUUAAAAGGUAACUGUGCAUUUAUUCUUCCCGAUCUUAAACCCGAACGUCAUCAUGAUUUUCGUGUAUUUACACGGAAUAAAUAUGGUGAUAAUUUUGACCGAAGUUAUUCUAUUACAGUUGGUAAACCUAAAGUCGAAUCACUUGUCGAUAAAACUCGAACUUAUUGGCCUUAUAUGGCCGUUUGUGUUAUUGGUGCGUGUCUUGUUUCGUUAUUAAUUAUUUGUUGUUGUUGCCAUCAAAUCCGUCGAUCGUUGUAUCGAAGAAAAACGAAAGGCAAUUUUGACAGUCUCACUUAUCAAAACCAUAAUUCAAAUACACAUGCCAAUUCAAAUGGUAAACAUUCAUUAGUACAUUUGAAACAGAAUGGCAAUGGAACAGCUUAUCCCGUCCGUCCUUAUCGUUCAAAAGAUUAUUUAAUCUCGACAGAAACAUCGACGUCUCAACGUAGUAAUCCGACCAUCCGAGGUAUUUAUACACCUGAGGAUGAAUUUCCUUCUCUCCGACGAAAUACUCUGAAAGAAACUGAUCUUGAUCAAUUGAUCAGUUCAACAAAUACAAAUGGAUCAUCGGCGACAGCAACCAUUAAGACUCUACCGUUAAAUCGAACACGUCCUGUUUUUGCCGCGUUUCCCUCUCACGAUCAAUCGAAACAGCAACAAGCGCAUUCCCAACAUGUUGAUCACAAUCCUUUAACAGUUCAACGCCGUUCAAGUUUCCAAAACGCGACAAAAUUGAACGGACUCGAUUUCUAUAGCACACAGGAACCAUUCUAUCUACUCGAUCGACAAAUGAUGAAAAUCAACCAAAGGAACAGUUACUCCCCCGAGCGCGAUCUUCGUGCGCGUGAACACUACCGCGAAAUUCGUCGUGAAUAUUCUCCUUAUUCAAAAGACGAAAAUCUACUCGACAUUCACCGGCAAGAUCUCUUAGAAAGCGAUCACACACGAGAAAACAGUUUGAUCAUGGAGAAUCACUUGUUGACGAAGGGCGAGCAUUUGAGUCAUACGAGUUCCAUGACUGAUCAGCACUGGCGAGAAAUGAACGCUAUCGAUGAAAUUGAUUAUCAUGAUCGUUACAUGGACUCGAAUGAAGUUGAAGUGGACGCUUACAAAGAUAAUCUCGAGGAUAAUCAUCAGUUCAUUUCGAACGAUGAUGAUCGCGACCGAAUAUCGAUCGACUAUCGACGUGAUGAUGAUACAAAUAUUGCUAGUUAUGAUCGCGAUGAUGAUCGUUAUCGUGAUGACGGUAUUUUUGUGUGA